GAAUGGGGAGAUUGUGUCGUGGGCCAGAACUUGACUAGAGAUUUCUUUUGCCAGCCUUCAGGUCUGUCCUUCAACAAUGCUUCUGGAAUGUUCUUUUAUGUUUAUCAGUAUUUGGGUGCUAUGUGUGCGAGUGCGAGUGUGUGUGGGGGGACGGGGGGUGAGGACAGGAGCCGCAACCACUGCUUACACCCAUGACUCCAGCAGAUUUGCCAAGCAUUCCCCCAGAGAGAGGAUAGAUGGGAUGCAUAAAAGCAAAUGAGUAUUUUAGAAACCAAGGGACAGAGAAGGUGAAGGUCAGGGUGGGGUGCGCUAGGGUUAGGGAUAGGGGAGCACAGAGGAAAGGCAGAGUCCUGAUGUGGAUGGAAAUAUCAAUGGAAUGGGACCUGGGAGGGUCUGCAGAGCUGGUGGAUCUGUCUGGAGUGCCCCCUCCCCUCCUGCCACCUGCCAGAUGCAUAGGGAAUGGAUUUGGCGUGGGGUGCAUGAGGCCAGGAGUGGAGAGGCAAGAAUGAAGAUAGAAGGAGAGAUGAACAUGUUUGAGAUGUCUUGAACAUUAAACUGUGUUCUUUAUAAAUUCCAUUUUGGAGAGUUCCAAAGCUUCGCAGGGCCCCUCCCUUCCUUUAACAUCAUUUAUGUCUUUGGGCUAAUGUUGUGCUUUUCCAAAUUCAGUAAUAUGAAGGGAUCAAUUCCAAACAAAGCCAAUGUGUUCAUCCAUCUAAAAUCUAGGAGAUGUGUAUGAUCAAAAGAUAUAGCAGCUUAUUUCUAGUCUUUGUGGAACUCAAACUCUAGUUAGGAAACUGAGUUGUUGAACACUAUAAUGAAAGGCUCUGUGUGAUAAAACCUGGGAAAAUGUCUUUGCCUUUUAACCAUUCAUUUUUAUCAUCUUCGAUAACUUUUCCUCCUAUCUGACUGAGAUACCUACUUAAGUGGUGGAAGAAACGGUCUCACGCUUUUUAAGCUGAGAAAAAUGCAACGUUAGGGACAUGACUCAGAAAUCAAUGACCCUGGUCCAAAUCCUGGCUUUGUCCCUCCUGGCUGUGAAACCCUGGGCAAGUCACUUAGCCUAAGACUCAGUCUCUACUUCCGUACCAUGCGACUAGGAAUAUAAUCUUUGGGCUUUGUGCAUCAGUGCAGCACCUAGCCCAUGAGAAGCUCUCAAUAAAUGUGAGUUCUAAUAAUUAUUAUAAUUGUGGGUUUUGCAAAGAGACAUUAAAGAAAUAUAUGUGUUUAUUAUUCUCCCUUAUCACCCCAAGUUCCAUCUCAUUUCAGUUUUUAUCAAUCAGUGGACUGAUAAAAGGGCUGUUGCAGACCAUCCUCUCCUCUACGUGUUUUAUGUUCUCUGUCCUUUUCUCUCUCUAGACAUAUGCUCCCUGUUAUCGCCAUAGUUACUCACUCCUGGCAUCCUUCUUCUUUUGUCCCUUACUCAUCUUUCCUUGCUUCAAAACAGAAACAAGAAACCAGUCUUUCAGUUGGAAGGAAUGUAAAAAACAUAUUUUCCACUCUGUCAUUUUAUAGAAGAGGAAACUGAAGUUGAAGCAUAGUGAAGAAUUUGUCCAAGGUCACACAUAGCCAGUGAUCAGUGGGACCAAAGUUCUCUUGGUGAUACAUCAAGGUGGCAUCAGGAGGUGGUUUAAGAUACACAUUGCAAUGUUAAUGUGACUGUGUUUGUGGGUUUAAUUUUUUGUCUCCACAGGGGCACCUUUUUUCCAUGGCUCAGGACACACUCCUGGGUCAAGUCAAUAGGAAAACUCUCUGUGUGGACCUAUGCCCAAGGACUCUGACCAGGGCUGCAGACGAGCAUGGCAAGCGUCCGCUGCAAGCUGGCUCGUUACCUGGAGGAUCUGGAAGACGUAGACUUUAAGAAAUUCAAGAUGCACUUAGAAGACUAUCCUAGUCAGAAGGGCUGCACGUCACUUCCUCGGGGUCAGACAGAGAAAGCAGAUCACGUGGAUCUAGCCACUCUGAUGAUUGAUUUCAAUGGAGAGGAGAAAGCAUGGGCCAUGGCCAAGUGGAUUUUUGCUGCAAUCAACAGAAGAGACCUUUACGAGAAAGUUAAGAGGGAUGAGCCGGAAUGGGAUAAUGCAAAUGUUUCUGUGAUAAGCCAGGAGGAAAGCCUUGAAGAGGAGUGGAUGGGUUUACUGGGGUACCUUUCCAGAAUCUCUAUUUGUAAAAAAAAGAAAGAUUACUGUAAGAAGUACAGAAAAUAUGUGAGAAGCAGAUUCCAGUGUAUCAAAGACAGGAAUGCCCGUCUGGGUGAGAGCGUGAACCUCAACAAACGCUUCACCAGGCUGCGUCUCAUCAAGGAACACCGGAGCCAGCAGGAGAGAGAACAUGAGCUCCUGGCCAUUGGUAGGACCUCAGCCAAGAUGCAGGAUGGCCCCGUGAGUUCCAUGAACUUGGAAUUGCUUUUUGAUCCUGAGGACCAACACUCUGAGCCUGUGCACACGGUGGUAUUCCAGGGAGCAGCGGGCAUUGGGAAAACAAUACUGGCCAGGAAGAUCAUGUUGGACUGGGCGUCAGAGGAACUUUACAAGGACAAAUUUGACUAUUUGUUUUACAUUCACUGUCGGGAGGUGAGCCUUGGGAUGCAGAGGAGCCUGGGGGACCUGAUCGCCAGCUGCUGCCCUGGCCCAAACCCACCCAUAGGCAAGAUUGUGAGCAAACCUUCCAGGAUCCUCUUCCUUAUGGACGGUUUUGAUGAGCUUCAAGGUGCCUUUGAUGAGCACACAGAAGCACUCUGCACGAACUGGCAGAAGGUGGAGCGGGGAGACAUUCUCCUGAGCAGUCUCAUCAGAAAAAGACUGCUUCCCGAGGCCUCUCUGCUCAUCACCACAAGACCUGUGGCCCUGGAGAAACUUCAGCACUUGCUGGGCCGGGCUCGUCAUGUGGAGAUCCUGGGUUUCUCAGAGGUCAGAAAGAAGGAAUAUUUCUUUAAGUAUUUCUCAGAUGAGCAGCAAGCCAGGGAAGCCUUCAGGCUGAUUCAGGAGAAUGAGAUCCUCUUCACCAUGUGCUUUAUUCCCCUGGUCUGCUGGAUUGUGUGCACGGGGCUGAAACAGCAGAUGGACAGUGGCAAGAGUCUUGCUCGGACAUCCAAGACCACCACUGCAGUGUAUAUCUUCUUCCUCUCCAGUUUGUUGCAGUCCCAAGGAGGGAGCCAGGAGCACCACAACUCUGCCACCCUCUGGGGUCUCUGUUCAUUGGCUGCAGAUGGAAUCUGGAACCAGAAAAUCCUGUUUGAGGAGUGUGAUCUCAGGAAUCAUGGCCUGCAGAAGACAGAUGUGUCUGCUUUCUUGAGGAUGAACCUAUUCCAAAAGGAAGUGGACUGUGAGAAAUUCUACAGCUUCAUCCACAUGACCUUCCAGGAGUUCUUUGCUGCCAUGUACUAUCUGCUGGAAGAGGAGAAUCAGGGGGAGACGAGGAACAUGCAGCGGAGUAAUUUGAAGCUUCCCAAUCGAGAUGUGAGGGUCCUUCUCGAAAACUACGGCAAGUUUGAAAAAGGGUAUCUGAUUUUUGUUGUCCGUUUUCUCUUUGGCCUUAUAAACCAGGAGAGAACCUCCUACCUGGAGAAAAAACUGAGUUGCAAGAUCUCUCAGAAAAUCAGGCUGGAGUUGCUAAAAUGGAUUGAAGCAAAAGCCAAGGCCAAGAUGCUACAGAUUGAGCCCAGCCAGCUGGAAUUGUUCUACUGUUUGUAUGAGAUGCAGGAGGAGGACUUUGUGCAAAGGGCCAUGGGCUAUUUCCCCAAAAUUGAGAUCAAGCUCUCCACCAGAAUGGACCAUGUGGUUUCUUCUUUUUGUAUUGAGAACUGCCACCACAUGGAAUCACUUUCGCUGAGAUUGCUCCAUAACUCAUCCAAGGAGGAGGAAGAGGAAGAGGAGGAGGAGAAAGAGGAGGAAGUUCAACACUCUGAUGGGAACCCUUGUGUCCUCUCUGAUCCUCAUGUUGCAUAUUCUCAGCGAUUGGUGAACUAUCUCACUUCCAGCAUUUGCAGGGGCAUCUUCUCAGUCCUGAGCGAUAACUGGAACCUCACUGAAUUGAACCUCAGUGGCAAUACCCUGGGAGACCCAGGGAUGAAGGUAUUAUGUGAAACACUCCAGCAACCUGGAUGUAACAUUCGCAGAUUGUGGUUGGGGCAGUGUUGCCUUUCCCAUCAGUGUUGCUUCAGCAUCUCCUCGGUCUUGAGCAACAAUCAGAAGCUGGUGGAACUGGACCUGAGCCACAAUGCCCUGGGAGACUUUGGAAUCAGACUUUUGUGUGUGGGACUGAGGCAUCUAUUUUGCAAUCUGAAGAAGCUCUGGUUGGUCAGUUGCUGUCUCACAUCGGUGUGUUGUGAUGAUCUCGCAUCUGUUCUGAGCACCAACCAUUCCCUGACCAGACUCUACUUGGGAGAAAAUGCUCUGGGAGACUCAGGAGUUGGAAUUUUAUGUGAAAAAGCAAAGAAUCCACAAUGUAACCUGCAGAAACUGGGGUUGGUGAAUUCUGGCAUUACGUCAGGUGGUUGUGUAGCUCUGUGCUCGGUGCUCAGCACAAACAAGAAUCUCACACACCUUUACCUACGGGGCAAUGCUCUUGGAGACGUGGGGGUCAAGCUACUCUGUAAGGGGCUCUUACAUGCCCACUGCAAGCUUCAGGUGUUGGAAUUAGACAACUGCAGCCUCACGUCACACUGCUGCUGGGGUCUUUCCACACUUCUGACUUCUAACCAGAGCCUGCGAAAGUUGAGCCUAGGCAACAAUGACCUGGGUGAUCUGGGGGUCAUGCUACUCUGUGAAGUGCUGAAACAGCAGGGCUGCCUCCUGAAAUGCCUGAAGUUGUGUGGAAUGUACUUCAAUUAUGAUACAAAACGUGCGUUAGAAACACUUCAAGAAGAAAAGCCUGAGUUGACCAUUGUCUUUGAGCCUGCUCGGUAGUGGUGGAAGCAGGGCUGCCAGACGCCAAGGUUCUUUGCCUCCCCUGCCAUCUAGGUGUGGAUAAGUGGUAGUGAAUACUCCUCCAGCAGGGUUAAGACCACCACUCUGUGAUUCUUCUGGUCCAGUGAGGAAGAGUGGAAGCUUGCUGAUGGUGCCUUUGCCUAGAGAAUGUGAGCAUCUCCUUUACCUCUGGGUUGAAGACACCAGGGCAAUAAAAUCGUCAAACAACACAGGUCUCACCAUAGUGCCUCAGUCAGAGGAUGUGUUCCUCUUGGUGACCUCAUGUAACUAACUCAUUCAAUAAAGCACUUUUUCUUUCUUUUUCUCUUUUUGCUCUAGCUCUCCUUUCCCUCAUAUCUUCCCCCCGCCUUUUUUGUUUACUUUUAACUGUAUCAUUCCUCCUGCCAUCUUUCUCUUAACUGACCAUAACAGAAUGAGUUAACUGUAUAUUAUGUUGCAAUUUUGUGGCGGCAACUUAUUUAUUUUUAAUCUUUGAACAGUUAUAUUUUCUAAUAAAAUAAUUCAUUUUAUUGUAUUGUAGCUGGUUGAAAAUUUGGAAAAUAGAAAAACUUUAUUGUAUUUAUUGAGUUAAUUUGUUUCCUUUCCUUAAUUUUAAGAGAGGGUGCCUAGAAAUCUUUUUACUUAUUUAUCUAAACUACUAAAGAUAAAUUAAAUUGCUUCAUGUAUUAAAAAAUCUCUUUGCCAAACGAUUCAAUUGUAAUGAAUAAGGAAAAAAAAAUGUCUUAUCCUAACUCUGAUGGUUGAAAUUUCAGCUCUGGUAGGACAGGAGGUUGAAAUCAUGCAAAAGAAAGUUUUAGAGUAGAGGGAGCCUAUAUUCAUAAAUAGAAGUAUUACAUAGAAAACGCAUUUUGCCUUCAGUUAUAAGAACUUAUCUUGGAUUUAUCACAUUCCAGGAGCAUUUCAUCUACCACACUUCACAUAGCAUUAAAUCAUUAAUAUAUAUUGAAUGAUUGCUUCUCCACACAUGGAGCAACUCUUAAACCACAUGGAAUUUUUCAGGAUGGAGAUACCACUUCCUUUUUCAAAUGAGUCAUCUAGACCUCUGCUUGUCAAAGUAUAGCCUAUGGACUGUUGAUGUAAGGAGAUUUUGCAAGAAUGUAAAUCAAUCGAAUUACUAAGUAUGCUUUUUAGAUGAGCUGACUUUUUUCAUGAUAAGACUUUUUCAGUAAGGGAAGCAGUAUGUGAUUUAUAUUCUGGUGCAAAGUCUUUUUCUAGUCUAGGACUAGCACUUUUGAGUAACUCUGAUCUUAGUGAAGUGAGAUAUUGCAGACUGCCUCUCUGCCACAAACACCUUGACAUGCAGGAUAAAACAUAAUUAGAAAAACACAGCUAAGCUGGAAAGACAGAAGAAAAAUUUCUGUUCAUUAAGAUCUCAAAACUGGAUUAAGAGUUUACCUUUCAGUGGUCAAGAGGAAUAUCUUAAUAGAUAAAUACCCCACAAUAUAACUAUUAAUUUGGAAAAUUCCAUGAGGUUUUCCACACUAGUAGAACUAAAAGCUAAGUAAAGUUGAUGGACAGAAAAUCAAUAUACAAACAUCAACACAUGCAGUGGGAAAGAAAUCAUUCGUUCCAACCAUCACAAUUAAAAUUGGGUGAGACAUGAAGCAGCAAUGGGUGGUAAAACCUAAUAGGAAAUUUAAAUGAUAAGCAGUAUUCUUGUGUAGUCUGAAAUUAUCUUUUUACAGCUGGCUAAUCAGUUGCAAAAAAAAAUAGUAACUAUAUCAAGGGCAGAAAGUGGACAGUACCUGACCGUCAAAUAAAAAAUGUCAGUGAGGGCAGGUGGAUGUCUGCUUUCAGGUGAGAUGACUUGAGAUGGAA